AAAGCCUCUACCUCGCCGUCUCGUGAAGAAAGACGAGUCGAAGGUUGCUGAGGGGGGAUGCCCUGAUGACGAAGAGAUGGGCGUGGACAAGCCGUCUCUGGUGGUGGACUUGGUGGAGGACCCUCUUUCGGGAAUCCCGGCCGACGUCCGCUCUCAGAUACCGGCGGAGGUGGCCCGCCGAGCUAGGUCUUCGGGCGCCAAAGACAAAGGGAAGGAUGCAGCUGCUGCCGAGGAUGAGAACGUACCUGCUACUCCACACUAUUCGUCAAAGGAUAGGGUGGCUAUAUGCCGCAAGGUUUUUAAGGCCGUCCCCGCUGAGUAUGUUGCUUCUCUUCCUGGCCGCAAGACUGACGCCCAGUUUGGUGCGAUCCAGGCCACUCUUCUCGACUUGUUCUGCCGCAUGGAAUUCUGCAAGAGCUGGAAGGCCCGCACUGCUGAGGAGCUCAAAGCUCAGGUGGCUGAGUCCACCCACCAUGGUGACUAUGCGUUCAAGUCCAUUGAAGAGGUCCGCCUGCAGAUGCAGACGACCAUAGACCUUCAAGCGAAGGAGGUGGCUGCGUUGAGAUCUGACAAGGUAUGGUUGCCAAGGUGCAUCCGAGAGUACACUAAGCACGUUAAUGCCGCAGGCAACUGA